CGCGAGCGCCAGUCCAGCCGUGACGCACCGAGUCUGCGCGCGCGGGGCCCGAAAUCCGCACAGUUGCACCGGCUGAGCCGUCCUCGCGGGAGGGAGCAGAAAGUCUCACAUUCUGGAGGAUUCUGUUCUCCGCUCACCGACAUGGAGUUCACGGCGUCCCCCAAACCGCAGCUGUCCUCGCGGGCGAACGCCUUCUCCAUCGCCGCGCUGAUGUCCAGCGGGAAAGCCAAGGAGAAGGAGGCGGAGGAGAACACCAUCAGACCUCUCGAGCAGUUCGUGGAGAAGUCCUCGUGCAACCCGCAGCCUCUGGCAGACCUGUCCGCCCUGGACGCGCACGGGGACUUCAGCGGGAGCGCGCCCGCGGUGUGCACGGAGCCGCUCAUCCCCACCAACCCCGGCGUCCCCAGCGAGGAGAUGGCCAAGAUCUCCUGCAGCCUGGAGACCAAGGAGCUGUGGGACAAGUUCCACGAGCUGGGGACGGAGAUGAUCAUCACCAAGUCGGGACGGAGGAUGUUUCCAACCAUCCGAGUCUCCUUCUCCGGGGUGGAUCAGGAAUCCAAGUAUAUCGUCUUGAUGGAUAUCGUCCCGGUGGACAACAAGCGGUACCGGUACGCCUAUCACCGCUCCUCGUGGCUGGUCGCCGGGAAAGCCGACCCGCCUCUUCCCGCCAGGUUGUACGUGCAUCCCGACUCGCCGUUCACCGGGGAGCAGCUGAUGAAGCAGAUGGUCUCGUUCGAGAAAGUCAAGCUGACCAACAACGAGCUGGACCAGCACGGACACAUCAUCCUCAACUCCAUGCAUAAGUACCAGCCGCGGGUCCACAUCAUCAAGAAGAAGGACCACACCGCCUCGCUGCUCAAUCUCAAGUCCGAGGAGUUUCGCACCUUUGUCUUCGUGGAGACGGUCUUCACCGCCGUCACAGCGUACCAGAACCAGCUGAUCACCAAGCUGAAGAUCGACAGCAACCCUUUCGCCAAAGGUUUCCGGGACUCGUCUCGGCUGACCGACAUGGAGAGCAGGGAAAGUGUUGAGAAUCUGAUCCACAAGCACUCGUACGCGCGCUCGCCCAUCCGGACCUACGGCGGCGACGAGGAGAACCUCAGCGAGGACGGACACUCCGCCCACAGCAGAGGCUCCGCCUUCACCGCCUCGGAUAACCUCUCGCUGAGCUCCUGGGUCACCACCACCUCCGGCUUCUCGGGCUUCCAGCACCCCCAGUCCCUGUCCGCCAUGGGCAGCGCCACCGCCCCCCUCCCCCACCCCAUCCAGGGGUCGCUGCCCCCCUACGGCCGGCUGGGCAUGCCGCUGGCGCCCGGCGCCCUGGCCGGGACCAUGCAGGGCAGCGGGCCGUCCUUCCCCGCCUUCCACAUGCCGCGCUACCACCACUACUUCCAGCAGGGCCCCUACGCCGCCAUCCAGGGACUGCGCCACUCCUCCACGGUCAUGACCCCGUUCGUAUGACUGUGAGGAGAGGCCCCGCCCACCGCUCCCUUCUCUGUAAAUAGUUUCUCUGCGGCUGAGGAGACGUGAAGGACUCCACCUCGGUACGAACUGUGAAACCGAGCGCCAAGCAUGUAAAGAAGGUCCCGUCAUCACAGGAGGCGGAGCUCCCGCCGCGUGUACAGCUCAGCGUGGGAAGCGUUCACAUGUACAGGAAACGGCGAGGUUUGAUCCCCGCGUACGCUCACUGUAGACUGAAGUAAUCAUAGGACGCAUGCCGACUGCAGUAGACGCAGACACACCGUUACCUCAACAGGAAGGACUUUUACUUUGAAGAGCCGCUCACCAGUCUCAGUCCACAAAGCCGUGAUUUCAAAAUAAAAGCAGAUGAAACUCUGAUGUAUUUAAGAAGGAGAAGCGCAGGUCUGCAGCCGCGACUGCAGCUGCGCAGCUCCAGCCGUCUGCUCUGGAAGGGAUUCUGCCGCGAUGAGGAUGAUCCAAAGAACUGGCAGCAGGAGGCUGUGCCAACAGGACGACCGCGAGGGUUCGAUGCCGCCUUGUUCAGCGCUCGCACACCGGAAGGGAGACGUCCAGGAAAAUUAGAUAAAUCCAAAGCAGGAAAGUCUGAUUUGGUUGAUUCACUCAGAUCAUAAAACAUUUGAAAUAUGGAAAUAUAAGAACUGAGAAUGGACAGAAACCAUAAAGACUCUGCUCAGCUUCCAGCUCGGUUCUGAUCCGGUCCACAUUUCACAGAAAAGCUGCUUCCAGAAGGAGAACCUUUGAAUGUGGAAUCAAACCUUCAGAUGUUCUGCAUCAUUUCUCGUUUGUCUGGACUGAAGAGAACCUCCGUCCGAGCCGGCUCUUCCUUUCUCAUGUUCAAACACACACGUUGUGCUUUGAGGAUUUUAAGUGCAAUAUAUUUAUUUUGCUCUCUGGAAUCGUUGCACUGUAAUACUACAUUUAAGACGUUAUUUGUAAACCGUGAGAAAUAUAUAUAAAAAUAUCACCACCAAA